UCUUCCAUUGAAAUACAAGUAUAAAUUCCACUCUUUCUCACCUCCAAAACAAACCCAAUCAUGAUUCAUUCUUUCUCUUUAUACCUUUUCUUGGCUGCUCUGUUAUUGGCUACUCUGUUUCUCUUCUGAAAAAACAUUCGAAGCGAUUUUCUUCCAUUCCGGUUUCAUUGUGUAAGCAAAAAUGUUCGCGGAUAAUGGGGUUUUGUUUCCUCACUUCCAGAACUUCUCUCAGGUCCAACAGCUCGAGGAGUUUUGCAAAACCCAGCAGCCAUGUUCUUCUCCAAUGAUAUCCACCAUCUGUGAAUAUGAUAUGGGUGGUGAAGGAGAUCUCUUUGAAGCCCCACAACCACAACCAUUUGUUGAAGAAACUUUCAUGGGUCUUGAUCCUGUGAUGGCAGCCAUUUCAAUGAUAUCUUGUGCUGAAGAAGUCAUCUCUCCAGAAGGACUAGAAGUUGCAGACUUCCAAUCGCUUCAAAAUGACCAGCUCUUAAAUGAGGUCUACUAUGAGUGUGAAAUGGAUCUUUUGGAAAAAGCAGCUCUAGAAAGACCACUGCCUGAUGUCCUGAACAUUGAAAUUCCAGUUCUGAACCCAGAAGACAAUCCAAUUCCAGAAAACAAGCCAUUCCCUGAUGCCUCAAUCCAGAAAAGUUCCAGCUUCGGGUGCUUGAACUCGAUGGAUUUGGUGCAAGGACCUACCAUCAAACCAUGUUUUAUAGAUUUCCCAGACAUGGACUUCAGUUCUGUUUACGGUAUGAGGAGGGCAUUUAGUGAAGGAGAUAUUAAGACACUCGGCAGUGACAAGAUAGGCAUGAUCCAUUCCCCCCUCCACCGCCCUGUGUUCAGCAAUUGCACCAGUGAGGAACGCCUAGAAAAGCUUUCCCGAUACAGGAAUAAGAGGACAAAGAGGAAUUUUGGGAGAAAGAUCAAGUAUGCUUGCAGGAAGGCUCUUGCAGACAGUCAAUCUAGGAUACGCGGACGGUUUGCGAAGACCGACGAAUCUGAAGUUAAAGGCAGUAGCUCAAUCUCAAUGCUUGUCCUAUGAAGAAAUGAAAGUAAAAAAGUAAUCUAGGAAUGAAAAGGUAGUUGUGAUGAGUGGGUGGGAGAGAUUAGCAGAAGCCUGGGAAAUAAAGGUGUUUUGUCGUCUAUGAUUUGUGUUAGUAUCUUCAACAGACUACAAUGGUUGGCUAGAUUUGUACAUACUGUAUCCGUUGAAUAAAAUAGGAAAUAAAAGCUCUUCUACUUUGUUUAUUAA